CAACAGAUGCAUGCCAAAUUAUGUCCUGUCUCCGCCUCCACAUGGUAUUCUCAUAUCAAAAGGAGCUGUUCAUAUUGCCGUUAGCCGCGGAUACGUUGAUUACGUCAUUAAUGAUCACAGAGCACGUGAUAUUUUACAAUGGAUGAACAGAUCAUGUUUUAUACCCGAUGAGUCGUUCUUCACAACAAUGAACAUAAACCCGCAUCUUGGUGUACCAGGCUCGUAUUUAGGACAUCCAGAAACUACCGAGAUCAAGGACACCACCAAACCGUAUUUGGCGCGUUUUAAAAAUCGCCAGCAUUCUCGUCUGCAUCUAUGGGAGUGUAAAGGUGAAUGGGUCAGAGGGAUGUGCGUUCUUAGCUUCCUUGAUCUACCAUUUCUCUCAAAACGUAAAGAAAUGUUUGCCAAUAAGUUUCAUUUAUAUGAACAACCUUUGACGUUCGGCUGCCUAGAGGAAAUGAUAUACAACAGGACACGUGAUGAAUAUUUAGGAAAAAGAAAGUUUGAUGCAAGCUGGUAUUCAAGUCUUGGCUUUGUAAAAAAUCAAGUAAAACGCUAAAAAUC